AUGCCCUCAAAAGCCACGCGUCACCACGCGACGGGCAACAAUGCCACCAAGUCCACUAGAGCAGCACCGUCUAGGAAGCGUCCGAUAGCGGCAGACGAGACCUAUCCAACGAGCAGGAAACGAGCCAAGGUCUCAGGCCAAGGAGUAGUGCCUGCUAUUGGGCUCAACAGUGCGACCCUCGAAGACAUCAAUGCGAUACCAAGGGAAGUCCUCACUGUCUACGUGUUUGGCACUGGGGAAUCAGCCGGAGACCUUGGACUCGGCCCAGACAAGAAGGAAGCCGAGCGACCUACUAUCAUCACAAGGCUAGAUGGUAGACAGACGACCACUGAUGGCUACCGUGUAGUCCAGCUAGACUGUGGCGGGAUGCACACCAUAGCUCUGACAGAGGACGGCAGGAUUGUCACCUGGGGAGGCAAUGACAACGGGGCCUUGGGCAGAGACACUAACUGGGACGGGGGCCUGCGUGAUAUAGACGCAAAGGAGGAGAUGGAUGAUGGAGACCUGAACCCCCUGGAGUCAACGCCUACCUGCAUCCCCGAUACUUCCUUUCCGCCUGGCACAAAGUUCGCCACCGUGGCUGCUGGUGACAGUUGCAGUUUCGCGGUCACUACUACUGGCCUCGUAUAUGGAUGGGGCACCUUCGUGGACGCUCAGGGCAAGAAGUGUUUCCUCUGUUCCAACUCGCAACGUAUCGAGAAACAGGACAAGCCAGUGCUCAUGCCCGGUUUGCGAAAUAUCAAGACCGUCGCCUGCGGAGCAAACCAUGCACUGGCUUUAGACAGCUCAGGCCGCGUAUGGUCCUGGGGUGUCAACGAAUCGGCACAAGUUGGCCGUCGUGCACGCCCACAGAACCAAUUCAUGGACUCCUUCUACCCGGGGAUCAUCGAUUUGAGCAGGCACGGCGUCCGGUAUAUUGCUGCUGGCGCGUCCCAUUCAUUUGCAGUGGACAAUGAGGACAGAGUCUUUGCUUGGGGUGCAAAUAAUUUUGGUCAAGCUGGCUACGUGCGGAAUGCCGGAACAGGCAACGCAGAACUGCCCUACCCGCUGCAGAUCCGGCCCCUAUCCAAGCAAGGCAUUACAAUUCUAUCCGCAGCAUCCCACCACUCCACCGCUGUUACGGCAGAGGGCCGCUUCCUCGUCUGGGGACGCCUCGACGGCGGCCAUCUUGGCCUCAAGCUGGCACAAGAACAACUCGACGACCCAAAGCUAGUCCGCUGGGACGAGUACGGCAAGCCGCGCAUCCUACUCCAGCCGCUGGCCGUUCCCGGCAUCGGAGACGCGGCGCACGUGGCAUGUUCGACCGGUCACACGGUCUUCGUGAACAGGGAAGGGCGAGCCUUCGCAGCGGGAUAUGGGUUUCAGUACCAGCUGGGCAACGGGACGAACGAGGAUAGCGAGAUAGCGACAGAGGUAAAGGCCAAGGUGUUGAAGGAUGUCAGGCUGACUUGGUGUGGGGCGGGCGGGCAAUUUAGUAUGGUCGCAGCACCUGUCGCUGGGGGAAAUAUCUCUGGGAGCAACGGGAGUGCAGAAUGA